UCAUCAUGGUCAUCAUUUGUAAUGAAGUGGUGUUGAUGAUGAUCAGUUAAUGGAAAAUUUAUUCACCUUUUACACUGAAAUCAUUCGGCUGAGAGUCGUGCUAUCCAAACAGUAGUGUAAAUGUAAACUUGUAUCUGUGUUAGUGUGGUUUAUAAUACUAAUGAAACGAAAAUUAAUGGCUUUGCUCAAAACUAGAACCUAUUAACAUUUUGAAGUUUAAAAAAGUAUAAUGGUGCAAUUUCGUUAUGUAUUAAACAGUCGACAAUUAGUAAGAAGUUGUCGAAGUUCGACGGAAAUUAUCAAUCAUUUGAAUACUAGCAAUUAUCAUUCAAAGUUUGCUACAACACUUACAGGUGGGAUUAUUCCAUCAAACAAUUCCAAUAACAAAAGAUGUACCAGCAUCAGCCCAUUAUAUUAUGAUGGUCAUUAUUUCUCAUUUUCUCUUGUAAGGAAUUUUUCCACAUCUCUCACAUGUCUAGACAAAGACCCUUUAAAACCAUCUUCUAAAGUAGAAGUAAUAGUUCAAGAGAUAAAAAAGAAAAAAGAAGAAGAAAUAACAGCACCAGCAGUACCUGAAAUUAAGAAAUCCAUAACACAAAAAAUUAAGGAUGAAAUCAUACAUUACUAUCAUGGAUUCAGGUUAUUGUUUAUAGAUAUAAAAAUCUCAUCCAAAUUGGUAUGGAGGAUACUUAGUGGAAAACCACUGAGUAGAAGGGAACAUAGGUUAUUGAUGCGAACAGUUGGUGACAUUUUUCGUCUUGUUCCUUUUUCUGUGUUCAUUAUUGUACCAUUUAUGGAGUUAUUACUACCAGUAUUUAUUAAAUUUUUCCCUGGGAUGCUACCAUCUACAUUUGAAUCAGCUUCUGAUAAAGAAGCAAAAAUUAAACAGAACUUAAAAAUAAAAAUUGAAAUGGCCAAGUUUCUUCAAGAGACAUUAGAUGACAUGGCACUCUUACAUACAGAACAUAACUCAGCUUUAGCAAAAGAGUUCAAAGAAUGGUUUAAUAAAGUAAGAACAUCAGGAGCUGAGGUUACAAAUGAAGAAAUUAUGAAGUUUUCCACAUUAUUCCAAGAUGAAGACACUUUAGACUGCCUCACUAGAAGCCAGUUGGUAGCUUUAUGUCGUGUCCUUGAAGUUCAAACUCUUGGCACGACGAACAUGCUGCGUUUUCAACUGCAGAUGAAGUUGCGACGGUUAGCAGCGGAUGACAAAAUGAUUCAAAAAGAGGGCAUCGAAUCACUUACACUGGCGGAAGUACAGCAGGCCUGUAGAGCUCGUGGAAUGCGAUCAUACGGUCUCUCAGAAAAUCGAUUACGAAAACAGCUUGCACAAUGGUUAGAUCUUAGUUUGAACAAAAAAGUUCCCGCUUCCUUACUACUAUUUUCGCGGGCGCUAAUGCUUCCGGAAACAAUACCGACAGAAGACCAAUUAAAAGCUACAAUUUCGGCUCUUCCGGAAAGUUUAGUUACUCAAACUCAAGCCAAUAUUGGUGAAAAAGAAGGAAAGAUUGACAACAAGAUUAAAAUCCAGAUACUUAAAGAGGAGGAACGAAGAAUUAAGGAAGAAAGAAAGGAAGAGAGGCGUGCAAAGCAACUAGAGAAAAAAGAAACAUUGGUGGAUAAGGCGCCAGUUAUUUCAGCCGAGGCAACGCCUCCACUGAAAGACACUGCAAAAGUUGUAGCGACUGAGAAAAAACUGCCAGAAGUAAAGAAAAAGAAAAUCGACGAAUUCGACGUUGAAGAUCUAGAAGUUAUGAAGAGAGCUCUCGAAUCAGUUUCUGACGAAAAGAAGUUUCUUCUUGAAAAGGGCAAGUUAGAAGCAAUGAAAGAAGAGAUGGAGGACUAUCAGGAAGACGUCCAAGACUUUAACAAAGUAAUAGCGGACCAACCGAAACCUAAAAUAAAAGAGAGCAAAGCAGCUCGACGUCUCUUCAAUCGUGUCAACAAAAUGAUCAAUAAAAUGGACGUCCUAAUGGAACAGCUUCAAAAUAAAGAGCAAGAACUAAAGAAAGACCUGAAUUUUCAGUUAGAAAAGAAAGAAAAACUAACCGACGCAGAACAGAAAAAAGAACUGUUAGAACCUAUUGAAAAGAAGAAAGAAGAAUUGCUUAAAAUCGACGAUUUGUUAGCUGCCAUUCGAAAAGUCAAAGAAGCACCUGAUGAAUCGCGUGUUAAUUUAACCAAACGGCUUCUACAAACCAUGGACGAUGACAAGGAUGGAUCUGUAAAGGUGGAGGAUUUGUUAAAGGUACUUGAGAUUGUAGGAAAGGAAGAUAUCAAGCUAACUGCCAAACAGUGGGAAGAACUGAUAGAAUUAAUAGAAAAGGAAGAAGUACUUGAAGUAGAAAAGAAAAUAGAAAAGGCACUUCAAAAAGAAAAAGAAGAAAAAGAAACUCCUACAACAGAACAACCACUGCAAAUAGCUUUAAAUAAGGAAAAUAAAUUGAAAGUGCCUGGUAGCAAAAGUUCAGAAUCUUCGUCUAAAAGUAAACCUGAAGGACCAUCUACUAAACUUGAAACGAAAGCUAACGUACCACCACCACCAAGUUUAGAAAACACCCAAAGUAAGAAUAAAAAGGUGUUUUAAUGAAGAUACGAGCAAGCAUCAUUAUGUGAUUAGUUAAAAGAAAUCGUCGAAGCAUUAAAGGGGUAAAUAAUAAAUUUCAAAAAUA